AUGGCAACACCUGUUGAAUUACUGGGAAUACUGGAGGACUUGGCUGAUGGAGAAUUUAAAAAGUUCAAAUGGUUCCUACAGCAGGCUGAGGUCCUGGAUGGCUUCCCAGCAAUCCCAAGGAGCCAGUUGGAUCAUUCAGAUAGGAUGGACACAGUAACUGAGAUGAAAGAGACUUACAACAAAAAUGCAGCAGAAGUGACAAUCAAAGUUUUGAAGCUGAUCAAAAAGAAUGACUUGGUGCAGCGGUUAUCAAACUUGAACACGUCAUCAAAAGAGACUCUCACUGAUUGCCAUCGUAAACUCAAGAGCAACCUUCGGAAGAAAUUUCAGCAGUUUGAGCAAGACACAAAAUCUGGGAAGCAAAUGUUGAUCAAUGAGAUCUACACUGAGCUCGAUAUCAUAAAGGAAAAGUCUGAUGAGGACAGAAUACAAGAUGCAAAUCUGUACCACCAAACAGUGGAACAAACUAUCAAUAUAGAAAACUUCUUUGAAUCCAUACCUGGUCAACAUACAUCAGUAAGAACACUGACAAAAGGUGUGUCUGGUGUAGGGAAAACCAUCUUGACCCGGAAGUUUGUUCUGGAUUGGACCGAAGACAAACUCAAUAACAGUAUCCAGUUUAUAUUCCCAUUGACUUUCCAAGAGUUGAAUCUUAUGAAGAAGAGAAAAUACAGUUGGAUGGAACUUCUUCAUCAUUUCUUUGCUGAUCUCAAAGAAUCAAGAAACUGCAGCUUUGAUAAAGUGCCGAUUUUGUUUAUUUUGGAUGGUCUAAAUGAGUGUGCUCUUCCUUUGGAUUUCAACAACAGUGAAAUCCUGACUGAUGUUGCAGAGUCUGCUUCAGUGGAUGUUCUGCUAACAAAUCUCAUCAUGGGGAAGCUGUUCCCUACUGCUCAUGUCUGGAUAACCACAACACCUGAGGCAGCCAGUCAAAUCCCUCCAGAGUACAUUCACAUGGUGACACAGGUGAGAGGGUUCACUAAUCCAAAGAAGGACGAGUACAUCAGAAAGAGAUUCAGAAAUAAGAAGCUGGCCAGCAGAAUCAUUUCCCACAUCAAGCCAUCCCGGAGCCUCCAAGUCAUGUGCAACGUCCCAAUCUUCUGUUGGAUGACUGCAACUGUUCUAGAGGACAUGUUGAAAACUGAUGAGAGAGGAGAGCUGCCCAAGACCCUAACUGAGAUGUUUAUUCAUUUUCUACUUGUUCAGUCCAAGCUGGCAAAUGUCCAACAUCUUGGAAGAGAUGAGACAGAUCCACCCUUGAACACAAAGACCAGUAAGGUGAUACUAUCUCUGGGACAACUGGCUUUUGUGCAGCUGAAAGAAGGCAACCUCAUCUUCUUUGAAGCAGAUCUUGUAGAAUGUGGCACUAAUGCUCAGGCUGCUUCAUUGUAUCCUGGAAUUUUCACACAGAUCAUUAAAGAAAACAUUGGGUUGAACCAGGAUAAAUGUUUCCGCUUUGUCCACUUGAGCUUUCAAGUGUUUCUGGCUGCUCUUCAUGUCAUGGUGUCAUUCAUCAAGACUGGUGUUAACCUCUUGUCUGCAGAACAUCCAAUCUCUAAACAAUCAAUACUUGAAGACCUGCAACACCUUUUGCAGAGUGCAGUAGACAAGGCAUUGCAGAGUCCAAAUGGACACCUGAACUUGUUCCUCCAUUUCCUCAUUGGCCUCUCACUACAGACCAAUCAGCAACUCCUUCAAGACCUGAUCAAACAAUCAGGAAGCAGCUUACAGAGCACUCAGGAGACAGCCCAGUACAUCAAAAAGAAAAUCAGGGAGAAUCCCUCUCCAGAGCGAUGCAUCAGCCUGUUCCAAUGUCUGAAUGAGCUGAAGGAUCAUUCUCUAGUGGAGGAGAUCCAGCAGUAUUUGAGGUCAGCUAGUCUCUCCUCAAUGAUUCUGUCUCCGGCCACAUGGUCAGAUCUGGUCUUCAUCUUACUGUCUUCUGAGAGUGAGCUGGAUGUAUUUGAUCUGAAGAAAUUCUCUACUUCAGCGCAAGGACUUCUGCAGUUGCUGCCACUGAUUCAAGUCUCCAGGGUAUCUCUACUGAGGGACUGUGAGCUGUAUCGCAGCAGCUAUGAAGUUCUGGGCUCAGUUGUCAGCUCCCCAUCUGCUAAUCUGAGAGAGCUGGACCUGAGUUACAACUUCUUUAUAGACGAACCGAAGUUCAUAGAUGGCUUGAAGAAUCCACACUGUAGACUGGAAACUCUCAGGCUAAGGUUUUGUAACCUGACAGAAAAAAGUUGUGAAGCUCUGGCCUCAGUAUUUACAUCACAGACCUGCUCCUGCAGCUUAAGGGUGCUGGACUUGAGUAACAACAACCUGCUGGAUUCUGGAGUCAACUUUCUUUCUCUGGGACUGGAGAGUCCUCAUUGUAACUUGGAAACACUCAGAUUGAGUGACUGUAAGCUGUCAGAGAGAAGCUGUGAAGCUCUGGCCUCAGCUCUCAGCUCUGAGACUUCUAGUUUGAAAGAGCUGGAUGUGAGUAGCAAUGACCUACAAGACUCAGGAGUGAAGCUACUUUCAGGGGGGCUCAAGAGUGCUCACUGUAUCCUGGAAACGCUCAGGCUUUCAGGUUGUGUGGUCACAGAGGAAGGCUGUUCUUCUCUGGCAUCAGCUCUGAGCUGCAACCCAAACCACCUGAAAGAGCUGGAUCUGAGUUACAACCACCCAGGAGACUCUGGGGUGAUGUUGCUCUCAACUGGAGUGGAGGAUCCACAGUGGAGACUGGACACGCUAAUCAUGGACCAUGGUGGAAAGCAGAGGCUGAGAUCAGGUCUAUUGAAGUAUGCCUGUCAGCUCACACUGGACCCAAACACAGCUCACAGAGCGCUCAUUCUGUCUCAAGACAACAGGCAGGUGACAUAUGUGGAAGAGGAACAGCCCUACUGGUAUCAUCCAGACAGAUUUGAAACCGUAAAGCAGCUGCUGUGUGAAAAUGGACUGACUGGGCGCUGCUACUGGGAAGUUGAGACUACAGGACGGUUUUCUACAACAGUGACUUACAGAGGAAUCAACAGGAGAGGAUGUGGUAACGACUGCAUGUUUGGACAAAAUGACAGGUCCUGGGCUCUGGAAAACUAUGGCUCAUCUUAUAGAGCUUUGCACAAUAACAAAGUAACAACAAUAGAUACACCUGGUAAAUGCAGUAGCAAAAUAGCAGUGUAUCUGGACUGGCCUGCUGGCUUUCUGUCCUUCUACACUGUCUCUGACACACUGACUCAUGUCCACACCUUCUACACCAAAUUCACUGAACCUCUCUACCCUGGCUUUAGCUUUGAUAUAGGUUUCUACACUGAGAUUAAUUCCUCAGUGUCACUGUUUCAGAUUGAUGUAGAAACAGACAGUCAGAGUAACUCUUAA